AAAUACCAUUUUCUUGAUAACAGUCUGUGUUCCCUCGGAGAAGCUAGUGCCAGACCCCUGACAACAUCGGGUCCUUUCGUUCAAGAGUACGGUGUUGGGCCUAGCCUUCCAAAAUGGCGCUCCUAGUACCAGAGAAGUUUCAGCACAUUCUUCGUGUCAUGAACACGAAUAUCGACGGUAACACCAAAAUCAUGUAUGCCAUGACUUCUAUCAAGGGUGUUGGAAGAAGAUUUGCAUCCAUUGUCCUGAAGAAGGCUGACAUUGAUGCUUCAAAGAGAGCUGGUGAACUUUCAGAUGAAGAGGUGGAGAGGGUCAUUACCAUCAUGCAGAAUCCACGACAAUAUAAAAUCCCUGAUUGGUUCCUCAACAGACAGAAGGAUAUUAAAGAUGGAAAAUUCUCUCAGAUUCUUGCAAACAACUGGGAGAGCAAGCUUCGUGAAGAUCUUGAGAGACUGAAGAAAAUCAAGGCUCAUAGGGGUCUACGUCACUACUGGGGUCUCCGCGUAAGAGGCCAGCACACCAAGACCACAGGAAGGAAAGGACGUACUGUUGGUGUAUCCAAGAAGAAGGGCUAAACACUUUCUUGUGAUUGAUCAAUUGUUAAAAUAACUCCUGUAAGAAA